GUCGCCUCCUGGUAUGCCUCCGUUACGGAAACCGCUGCGCCCCGACAGGAGUUCCGGACGCAGGUUACCCUCGUGACGGAACCCGCGGGGUGACCCACGAGGGUGGCGGCCCGGAAGAAGGUGACAAGGUUCUUGUCAGCGGCAAAGCGGAGAGGAGGAAGAAGGGAGGGUCCGGCCCUCACCAGCAAGGUCACGAUUUGGAUGAACCAUCAGAGACUGAAAUAUUUCGAAGAUGACACAGAGUGACAGUGUACCUUGUGAUGCUGUGGGCAGAAGAAUCAUGUAUCGGGACGAAUACGGGACUGUGCGCUUUGUAGGAACAGUCGCAUCAGCGCCUGGAGUCUGGCUUGGAGUGGAAUGGGACAAUCCUGAACGAGGAAAGCACAAUGGGACACAUGAAGGAGUGCAGUAUUUCCAAUGCAGUCACCCCACAGGUGGCUCGUUCAUUCGCCCUCAAAAGGCAAACUUUGGAGUUGAUUUUCUCACAGCAGUGAGGGACCGCUAUGGCCAGGAGGGCAAUCAAGGAAUACAGGACUGCCGGGGCAAUCCACUUCGCUGGGGCAAGAAACCUAUUGAAUUCUUGGGAAGCCAAGACGUUAAACAAAGGUGGUUUGAUGCGCUAUUGAUUGUUUCAGUCAGUGGGUGUCAAGUGAGCCAUGUCAGUGAAGAGGAGGAGAUCUCUGACGUCUGCCCAAAUAUUAUAGAGCUGGAUUUAGCCAAAAACCUGCUGGCUUCCUGGGAUAAGGUUGCACAAAUUACUCGACAGUUGAGGAAACUUGAACACCUUGAUCUCAGUCAAAACAAAUUGGCAAUUAUUUCCAAUCCAGUCUCCCUGUCUGAUGCAUUUGCCAACCUGAAGGCAUUAGCCAUUCAACACAAUGGACUGACGUGGGCCCAGGUCCUGGAAUGUGCCCCAAUGUGGCCUGUGCUCGAAAGGGCCCACUUCUCAUCUAAUGCCAUUUCUGAGUUAGAAAGGCCUGUUGGUGUUCUUCAAUCUUUGACGUUACUCGAUCUCAGCUCCAAUCCACUGGCUGAUGAGAAUCAAUUGGUGCACAUUGCUUACUUGCCAAGAUUGGAGCAGCUUAUAUUGUCAAACACUGGGUUAACUUCACUGCAUUUUGAUGAUGUUCAACAAGAUGGUAAAACAGCAAUGUUUCCAAAACUAAAAUUCCUAGCAAUUGACAAGAACCGAAUCUCAGAGUUUUCAACUGUGAAUGAAUUAAACAAGCUAUGGAGUUUAGAACAGCUGAAAUUUAGUGACUACGCGAUGGUGGAGCGUGAGAAGAACGCAAAGACUGUGCGGCAGCUUAUCAUUGCAAAGCUAGGACAGCUGAAUGUAUUAAACAGAACAGAAAUUUCGGCUGAUGAAAGGAAGGGUGCAGAGCUAGACUAUCGCAAGAAAUUUGGGAAGGACUGGCUGAAGGCUGGAGGGCACCAGGAUCCUGAGAAAAACAGGCCUAAUAAGGAAUUCUGUGCUGAGCAUCCUAGAUAUCAGUUGCUCAUUGAGAAGUAUGGAGCACCUGAAGUUUCUGAAAUGGAGCAACAGAAGUUGUUUGCCCUAAAGGACCAGCUAUUAGCUUUGACUAUUAGGUGUCCAGACAGCCCAGAUCAAAAACUGUUAGAGAAGAAACUGCCAGACUCCAUGACCAUUCAGAAAGUGAGGGGGCUGCUCCAUCGAUUGCUCAAAGUUCCGGGUACAGAACUAAAGUUGACGUACAUCAGCUCAAAGAUGGACAUGGAAAUAGAUAUGGAUAAUGACCUAAAGCCUCUUUCAUACUACUCCAUAGAAAGUGGAGACUGCAUAUUAGUGCGAUGGUAGCUGCAUUGACUUAGCAGGUUAUAUAUAAAGGAAAGGAACCGUAACACAGAACCUUGAGUGAAGGUAUUUUUAACACGGUCCCAGCACUAUUCAAGAAUGUGAUCCCAUACAUGCAACUUUGGAGGCAUUACUUCUUUAUGUCUGAACUUAAAAUAAUGCUGGCUAGUUGCCUGUCAGUGGACAGCGAUUUCGUUUUGUGCCAGCCUUGAAGCUACAGAAUGUGAUAUGGAGUUUACAAUGUCCACAUUAUAAUUUGCACCUGUAUCAAAACUCUCAACUUUGUAUUUAAUUGUUUUUGGUAAAAAAAAUAAGAUUUAUCGUUACAGGAUAAACCGUCUGGAAGAUGUGGUUUAUAACAGUUCUAAAAUUAACAUGUUCUAUUUAGCGAUGGCACCAAAUAUUUACUGAUUAUUCUAAUGCACUCUUUCAGUGGUUAACCUCAUACUCCAGCAAUGUUUGUACAGUAAUGGUUCCAAACCACUAUAAUUUGAAAUGAUUUGAAAGGUUCAACGUUGUGUCUUUUGGUAGUUCUGGCAUUUGGCCUUAAUGUUAAUGGAUCGGACUCUGAUUCAUACGCUUAAUAAGCAUUUUAACUCCAGCUACCUUCUGUACAUGAGUUUAGAUAAUUCUUAGCUGAAUACACUUACACACCCAAAAUUCCUCCUUGCCCCUACAAUAUGAACCUGUAGUGCUUAAACUGGAACUGUCUUGGUAGUGACUGUAGAAUGGACUCAUGCUGAAAGCAUCUUGUCCUCCCAGCUAUAUUGCACAGAGCAGAGGAAAAUGUUGAAGGAGUGAUAAAGCUUUAAAAAGAGAAUAAUGUUCUACGUAUUAUUGGGGAAGAUAUAUUUAUAAAUCCUGCAUCAAAUAGCACUCUAUCAGAAAGUGGAAGCUGUUGGGAAUAAUGCAUAUUUCAGUUUAUGGUCAUUCCUGCCAUAAAGUAUAAUUUUUACAUUGUAUAUAUCCUGCAUUGUUUUAAGUUAAUUAAAUAGACUAGUAUUAGUUUUUUUUAACAUCUAUAUAUCCACACCUACAAUGUGACCACAUAAUCCAAUUCUAGACUUUGCCCUUGAAUAGAGACUAGACGACAGUUCACUUUUGAGGGUUGUUGUAAUGUGGGAACGUGCUGGAGUUUUGUAUGAACUGUUAAGAGUGUUUCCUAACAGUAGAAUAUGUCACCAGAGGCUGGGCUGUACUAUGCUUCUCAAUUUCCUUGUGUGAUGUUGAGACAGACAUUUGAAAGAUUGAAAAAUAAAACCAAUAAACUAUUUACAUCUUGAAACAGUAAAAGUGACAGUUGAAAACUGAUCUUCCUACCCCUGUCCCUUUUUGUAGCAUGCCUGUUGCCUCAGACCUUAUAAACUAAGUACGUGUGGCCUAAACUCCAAGGUAGGUUAGUUGGAUCAGAAACAUUAACUUCUGUCUUUGCAGAUUCCACCAUUUUGAGUAUGUCACCUCCAGGGUUCAUAAUAUCUCAGAAUGUGUAGAAUAUUACUCUCAUUUAAAGCUUUCUGUCUGGAAAGUAGAGUCUCCUACAUCUUUAAAGGUGUUUUAUGUAAAAAGUUGUGGAUUACAAGAGUUCGGAUUACAUUUGACAUUGUUGCAUAUUUGUAUGAGGAACCUAUGCAAAUAUAAUAAAAGGUUUUUGCUGC